CAAAAUCUCACCAUCUUCAUUUCCUCCCCAAACCAAGCAGCACCUACUUGUCUCCGCGAAUCUCUCCCUCCCACGCUGAUCUCAAUCUGCCCGUCCCUCCACGAGCCUGCGCCGCCUCACUCCCUCCCCGCCGCAUCGCCGGCGGCCUCAGUUUCGCACGCUCCGAUGGUGCCGAGAUUGGUCACUUGCUAGUGCUGGCGGCUCAGCCUGCAGACCGCGGCACCGCCAUGGAGGCUCCGCUGACGGUGCAGAUUGUCGAGUUCAACACCAAGGUGAUGCAGGAGGAGCUGAAGAAGCUGGGGCUCAAGGUCAACCACCAUGAGGCCAACAUCACGUUCCUCAAGUCUGAGAUCUAUGCUAUCGAAGAGUCGAUUGCCGACCUGACAAUUAAACGUGGAAAGAAGGUUGUAGCUUCAAGUAAUGGUACAUCAGUUCAAGAAGCUGAACAGCGUACAAUUGAAAGCAUAUGUAAUCAGGACAAGACAGCAGCUUCGCUUAUAUGCCAGCUCAAGAAACGUCAUUCUGCAAAAAUAUCAACAAUGCCAAUGAUGAAAGAUAUCCUUGGUGUUGUGGCUACCUUAGGAAAAACAAAUGAUGAUAAUCUAAGCAGCCUACUCUCAGAGUACUUGGGAAUAGACAAUAUGCUUGGUCUCGUUUGCAAGACUUAUGAUGGCAUAAAGAGUCUUGAAACAUAUGGCACAGAAGGCAACAUUGAUAAGAAAAGUGGCAUUCAUGGACUGGGUGGCUCAAUUGGAAAGUUGCUGCAUGGGAGGUUUACCGUGUUUUGUCUUGAAAACAUAAGGCCAUUUUCUGGAGAAGUUGUGAUUGAUGAUCCACAAAGAUAUCUUAUGCUGCGUAAACCAAGGUUGCCUAACGGGGAGUCUCCUCCUGGUUUUCUUGGUUUCGCAGUAAAUAUGAUACUUAUGGACCAGGCAUACUUGAGUUGUCUCACACCCCAUGGCCAUGGUCUUAGGGAGACUUUGUUUUACAGUUUGUUUUCUCAUUUACAAGUUUAUAAGACUACAGCUGAUCUACGGCGUGCUAUUCCCUUCAUAAAUGAUGGUGCGGUUUCUCUAGAUGGUGGUAUAUUGAGGCCUAAUGGUUCAUUCUGCCUUGGUGAUAGGAAAGAUGUAGAAGUGAAAUUUACUGUAGCUUUAAGCUCUGGGGAUUCAAACACACCUGGAAGUAUUACUGAAAUGGAAGAGCAAGUUAAACUGAAGAACUGGGAGAAGGAAAGGCUUGUCGAGGAUAUAAAAAGGGAGGAAGAUUUGUUAAAGCAAGUUAAGGACUCAUUCAGCAAUCAAAAGCAACAGCUUCUGGACUAUAUCACUCAAUCACCAGCGGGAAAGGUGCAUUCACAAUAUCGAUCUAUUCUCUCUGAAACUUCAGCUACUUAAUAAGUCAUAGCGGUACAAUGCAAUAUUUUCGUAUAUACUACUAUUAGCUUCCCUAUCACGAACUGGUGGUCUUUUUCUGAGAUUUGAUCGAUCUAUUCUCUCUGAAACUUCAGCUACUUAAUAAGUCAUAGCGGUACAAUGCAAUAUUU